AUGCGCUGCGCUUAUUCCGACAACGGAGCUCCCAGCUCGGGCUCUGGGGAGCUGACAGCACUCCAACUAUUCAACAACAAAUAUCCCAGCCCAGGCUCGCAGAAGUCGACGAGAUCCGCACCUGCUAAGGACAGUGCUCCCAGCUUGAGCUCUCAGAAAUCGACGAGUCCCGAGCUUCCCAACGAUAGUCAUCUUAGGUCGGGAUCUCAAAGGUCAAUGAGGUCUGCACCAAUAUCCAACGUUUUCGGCACCCGAUGUAUUCGUCGCCUCAAUGUGCAAGAGGGCGACCUGCUCCAGGACCUCUACGCCUGGGGCACCCGGGUUGACGACUGGAUCGGGACCAUAACUCCCCAUCCACCGUCUACGGAUGACGACAUCGAUGCCAUCACCCCAGCUCCUCCCCGUCUGCCUUCUGCGGGUGAUGAUGUCGAUGCCAUUACUCCAGCCCCUCCUCUUUCGCAUUCCCAGGGUUCAGACGCAUCAUCCAGCGAGACGAAGAUUACCGACCCCAAUGCAAACAAGAAGCCGUAUCUUCCCGGGUCUUCGUUACCGAACGAUGCAAUCGACAGUGAAAAAAAGCAGAAGCCUGGCAACACAUACACUUUGGGUGCCACACAGCCUAAGGUGGAAACUACAAAUGAUGUACAACCCCCAAACGAACCCGCGGAUGUCAAGAAGCGCAAGAAUCUCUAG